AUGGAUGCUAUGAGCCAUGCAUCGCACAGAGCGACCCAGUCACCGUUCUUGGAUGAGAUUGAACGAGCUCAAAUGCUGAGGAGAUUUAGCAAACCACCAUUCAUCUCGUACGAUGGAAAGACAGAUCCCGUUGAGCACGUCAAUCAUUAUAUUCAAAUGAUGUCUCUAUACAAUCAAAAUGAUGCGCUUGUGUGUAAAGUAUUUCCUUCUAGCCUCGGGCCUACUGCUUUAAGGUGGUUUAAUGGGUUAAGGAAGGGAUCAAUUCAUAAUUUUGGAGAGCUAAUUCAAGAGUUCGGAGUCUGGUUUAUGACAUGUAGCUGGGUACUCCAGCCAGUGAAUGCGUUACUCUCUAUGAAGAUGGGAGCCGGGGAAACUCUUCAGAGUUAUGCUAGUAGGUAUUGGGAGUUGUAUAAUGAGAUCGGUGGAGGUAAUGAAAAGGUGGCAGCAAGUACUUUAAGGCUGGGUUUGCCUGAAGAUUCGGAGUUACAGGAGUCAUUAACUAAGAGGCCUCCUGAGAAUAUGCGACAACUUAUGAGACAUAUUAAGGAGUAUAAAAGGCUGGAAGAUGAUCUGGAGCAAAACAAAGGAAAUGCACCUAUCGUGCCGCAAUACUAG